AUGUUGGGGAUGUACGUGCCGGACAGAUUCUCCCUGCAGUCGUCCAAAGUCCAGGAUGGCAUCGGUUUAUUCACUGCUCGGCGGGUCAAAAAGGGAGAAAAAUUCGGGCCCUUCGCAGGUGAGAAGAAGCUGCCGUGCGAGCUGGACGAAAGCUCCGACACCAGACUGAUGUGGGAGGUCCGCGGCACUAAGGGCGACGUCCUGUACAUCCUGGACGCCAGCAAUCCGCGCUACGCCAACUGGCUGCGUUUCGUCCACCAGGCACCCUCGCAGGAGCAGAAGAACCUGGCGGCCAUUCAGGACGGCGAGAACAUUUUCUACUUGGCGGUGGAUGAUAUCGAGACUGACACGGAGCUCCUGAUCGGCUUCCUGGACAGCGACAUGGAAGAGGAGGAAGAAGAGGAAGAAGAAGAGGAGGAACCGGACAAAGACGAUGAGGACAGCGGCAAGGAGGCCAAGCUGGUGAUCAAGAAGGAGGACCACCCGUGCUUGCUGUGCGAGAGCAGCUUCCCCAGCGAGGAGAUCCUGGCCGCCCACCUGCAGAGCCUCCACCAGAGGCCCGGCACUGAUGACAAGGACUUCAAGUGUAGGAGCUGCGGCAAAAAGUUCCCCGUCAAACAAGCGCUGCAGCGACAUUUCGAGCAACACAAGGAGGCGUGCAAAGGCGACGCCCGCUUCAUCUGCAAAGAGGAGAGCUGCGGCAAGCGCUUCAAGAGCAAGGACGCGCUGAAGAAACAUAAAGGGAACGUGCACACAGGAAGUGCGCGAAGGAAACUGACAUGUACCAUCUGUAACAGAAAGUGCUCGUCGUCUCUAAAUUUGCAAGAGCAUAGAAAGAUCCACGAAAUAUUCGACUGCCACGCAUGCGACAAGAAGUUCAUCUCCACCAAUCAGCUGAAACGUCACAUGAUUACACACUCAGAAAAGCGUCCAUACACAUGUGAGAUCUGCAGCCGUUCCUUCAAGCGUCUUGACCAGGUGACGGCACACAAAAUCAUCCACAGCGAGGACAAGCCUUACAAAUGCAAACUGUGCGGCAAGGAGUUCGCCCACCGGAACGUCUACAAGAACCACAAAAAAACGCAUUCGGAGGAAAGACCAUUCCAGUGCGACGAGUGCAAGGCCCUCUUCCGAACCCCUUUCUCUCUACAGCGCCACCUACUCAUCCACAACAGUGAAAGGACGUUCAAGUGCGACCAGUGCAACGCCACCUUCAAGCGCAAGGACACGCUCAACGUGCACAUCCAGGUGGUGCACGACGGACACAAGAAGUACAAGUGCGACCUGUGCGAGAAGGCCUUCGUCACGCCGUCCGUCCUCAAGAGCCACAAGAAGACACACACAGGUGAAAAGGAGAAGAUCUGCCCGUACUGUGGACAAAAGUUCGCUAGCAACGGAACGCUGAGGGUCCACAUCCGCAGUCACACAGGGGAGCGUCCCUACCAGUGUCCCUACUGCGACAAAGCCUUCAGCAAGAACGACGGUCUGAAGAUGCACAUACGCACGCACACUCGGGUGUGCGACCUGUCCUUCAGCUUGAAGAAAAUGCUGAGUCGUCACAAGUUGACCCACAACCCCAACCGUCCCAUGGCCGAGUGCCAGCUGUGCCACAAGAAGUUCACACGCAACGACUACCUCAAAGUACACAUGGAGAACGUCCACGGAGAGACGGACGCGUAA